AUGGUGACCAAGACUUCGUCAGCCAAGCGACACAUCGAUGAUCUAGCUGAGACUUUUAAAUUUGUAAGAAGCUUCGACAUGAGGUUGAACCCGGAGAAGUGUACCUUCAGGGUUCAGGCCGGGAAGUUUCUCAGCUUUAUGCUCACUAGCCGGGGGAUUGAGGCCAAUCCUCACAAAUGCCAAGCAAUCCCGGACAUGAGAAGUCCUUCGUCCAAAAUAGAAGUUCAUGAAUUAACGGGUAGACUUGCUGCUCUAUCACGACUCCUAUCUUGUGAAGGAGACAAGGCCAUUCACUUCUUCAUGAGGUUUUGGAAGACCAAGGAGAUUGAGUGGACACUAGCUUGUGAGGAGGUGUUCCUAGAUGUCAAAUGGUUUUUAUCAUCUCCACCAAUCUUGACCAGACCGGGGGAUAAUUCUCCACUAGUACUCUACUUGUCCGUGACUAAUUAUGCAAUGAGUUCGGUUCUAGUUCAAGAAGGUGAAGAUGGGGAAAGACCGGUGUAUUACAUAAGCAAAGUUCUAAAAGGUGCAGAGAGGAGUGGAGCCGAGUUAGUGUUGGAGGGGCCCGGUGAUUUCGUGCUAGAGUAUUCUCUAUGUUUCAAGUUCCAGGCUAGCAACAACCAGGAUGAGUAUGAAGCACCGAUUGCAGGAAUUGCGCUAGUUGAGGAAGUGGGUGUAACUCAUCUGGUAUUAAAAACUGACUCUCAGUUGGUAGCAUCGCAGGUAAAAGGUGAAUACCAGGAAAAGGACAUCUCCUUGCAAAAGUAUAUGAUCAAAACCCAUGAGUUGGCUCAAGGUUUCUCCGAGUUUGAGAUUAUACACAUUCCACGGGAGGAGAACAUCAGGGACGACGUAUUAGCCCGACUGGCUAGUACCAAAGGUCCGGGUUUGAAUAAAACGGUGAUCCAAGAGACACUUGAAAGUCCAUGCAUCGAGUCGGAAGAAGUUAUGCCCAUAGAGCAUCAAACAGGAUGGAUGACUCCAAUCAUUCAAUAUUUGACUUCCGGUGUGUUACCCAGUGACCCAGAUCAGGCCGUGAAGGUUAGGAAGAUUGUUGUAAGAUACACUAGGGUGGGGAGAAAACUGUACAAGAUGCGGCGGUCUACUUCGUUGUUAAGAUGUGUGCCCGAAACUGACGUCAGGGUGGUAAUGAUGGAGGUACAUGAAGGAGCAUGUGGCUCUCAUAUCGCCGGGAGAGCACUGGCGGGAAAAAUACUCCGAGAAGGAUACUAUCGGCCCACGUUACGACAAGAUUAUUCCGACUUCUGGGGUGCUGACAUGCUAGGUCCAUUUCCCAUCGCUCCCGGACAGCUUAAAUUCGUAAUUGUGGUGGUCGAUUACUUUACAAAGUGGAUCGAGGCUAAAGCAGUAGCUCGGAUAUCUGCCGAGAAGGUACGUCGUUUUUACAGGAGGAAUAUUAUAUGUAGGUUUGGCUUACCCGGGAUCAUCGUGACGGCAACUAGACCCAAUUUGCAAGCGCUUCAGUGGUUAAUUUCUACAAAGGCCUCGGGAUUCAUAAUAGGUUCACUUCAGUGGAACAUCCUUAAGCCAACAGCCAAGCCGAAGCUUCUACUAAAGUAA